GCCAACGUUCAUUGUUACAUGUUUUAGCAUCAUCUUCCGCAAUUGCUUCUAUUCACCAACACAUCUACGCGUCUUCUCUAUUUAUUUCAUUUGCACGGACAAUUUGUACGCAACUGUCAAGACUUGAGCUUCUAAAAUAGCGUAAUGACGCAAACGGACCUCAAUAAAUAUCCAGCUCAAACUAAAACCUGCCUAUAGUUUCAUUCAAGAUGGUUUUAGAAACUAUUUCAAAGAUCAUAAAAACCCAGCUUCCAGCCUACCUCAAGAAGUUCCCCCUUCCUGAGACGAUCGGAGGAUUUGCGAGGUUAACAGUCCUUGAUUGGCUCCGGUUGCUGCCUCUCCUGGGAAUCUUGGCCCUGCUGGGCUACCUCACCAUCCGGCCCUUCCUGCCCAAGAAGAAGAAGCAGAAGGACAGCCUGAUCAACCUGAAGAUCCAGAAGGAGAACCCCAAAGUGGUCAACGAGAUAGAUAUUGAGGACUUGAAGAGCACAAAUGUCUGUUACUGCCGCUGCUGGCGCUCCAAAACGUUUCCCGUUUGUGACAAAUCACACAUAAAGCACAAUGAGUUGACUGGAGACAACGUGGGGCCUCUCAUACUCAAGAAGAAGAUAAUAUAAUCCAUCUUUAACACUGAGGGAGCCGCCAUCUUCACUCCCUACUUCUGUCUUUGGUACUUUAAAAAAAAGUCUGUAUUUUAGGGCAUGACCUUUUGCACUCUUCCAAUUUGUCUUUUUUUUUUUUUUUUUUUUAAAGACACAUACUUUCCUUUUGGUCGUGAUAUGCUGUAGAAAUGUUGGUGGCACGUUAACUCAAAGAUUUUACCAUCAACACUUUUGUAAAUCUUAUUUAUUUCAAAUUGACAAUAACGGACAUUAAGAGGUUAUACCAGAGUAGCAUUAAACCUUUCAAACUAUCACCACUCCCUCUUGUCUCCUUCUGAGAACUUUUUGUACAGUGGCCAUUUUCCAGUCUGGCUAGCAGCUCUCGUUAGAAACAGUUAACUUUGGUCUCCUUGAUAGCAACGCUCAGUUCCAAACUAUUGGGAUCACAUUGAGGGGAAUUUGAACUUGAAUCAUGAUUGCAAUUAGGGUAGCAGUACAUUUUGUUAAGUUGAAAAAAAUAUGUAUAAUUAGCCUUUUCAAUCUCUGAACUACUGCAAGCUUGAAGUCUUUCACUUGCAUACAAACACACUUCCAGGAUUUAUUUUCUCUGCCAUGUCUUUGUUCCUAACCUUAUAAAACAUGCCUUAAUUCUG